ACUUGUCUGUCGAUACCUGACAUCAAGACAGCAUUCAGUGACUGCAUUAACAAGAUUGGGAAGAGAGACUGCCUGACACAAGCCUGCUCUGCUCUGACUGGGAAAGGAGUGAACGAGGGAAUUGAAUGGAUGGUGAAGUGCGUGGUGAGGAAUAUUCACCGGCCCCCAAGAAAGAAGGACAUCACGUAA